UCCGCCGCCGCUGCCGCCGCCGCCGCCCGGGAGCCGGGAGCCGGGAGCCGGGAGCCGGGCCGCCGUCAUGCUGAGCCGGCUCGGGGCGCUGCUGCAGGAGGCCGUGGGGGCGCGGGAGCCCAGCAUUGACCUGCUGGAGGCCUUCGUGGAACACUGGAAGGGCAUCACGAACUACUACAUUGAAAGCACAGAUGAAAACACCCCGGCCAAGAAAACAGAUAUUCCCUGGCGGCUGAAGCAAAUGCUGGACAUCCUGGUGUACGAGGAGAAGCAGCAGGCGGCAGCCGGUGAGGCGGGGCCGUGUCUGGAGUACCUGCUGCAGCACAAGAUCCUGGAGACCCUGUGCACGCUGGGCAAGGCCGAGUACCCGCCAGGCAUGCGGCAGCAGGUGCUCCAGUUCUUCAGCAAGGUUCUGGCCCAGGUGCAGCAUCCCCUCCUGCAUUACCUCAGCGUCCACAGGCCUGUGCAGAAACUUCUCCGACUUGGUGGGACAGUUCCUGGAUCCCUCACAGAAAAGGAGGAGGUGCAGUUCACCACUGUCCUCUGCUCCAAGAUCCAGCAGGAUCCAGCCCUGCUCACCUAUAUUCUAGAAGGUAAAAAGACCGUCGGUAGGAAGGAGGCAUCCAGAGAAGCCACCGCCCUGCCGAGAGAGGCAGCCGGCAUCAAGAACGAGGAGCAGCCCCACAGCAAAGCUCCUGACAGGGGUGCCUGGGGGGCCCGGGCCUUGAGCACCCAGCUGCCUGCUGAGACCGAGCAGCCCGAUGGAGGGACUGGGGAGAGCAACCUCAUCACCUCGCUGAUUGGCUUGUGCAAGAGCAAGAAAGGUCGGGUGGCCCUGAAGGCCCAGGAGAACCUGCUGCUCCUGGUAAGCGUGGCUUCCCAGGCAGCUGCCACCUACCUGGUGCAGAGCAGCCCUUGUUGCCCUGCCAUCGUCGAGCACCUCUGCCAGCUGUACCAGUCCCUGCCCAGCUUCCUGGACCCCGCAGACAUUGCCGCUUUAGAGGGCGUCAGCUGGAGGUUACCCAGUGCCCCGUCUGAUGAGGCUUCCUUCCCCGGCAAGGAGACCUUGGCUGCCUUCUUGGGCUGGUUUGAUUACUGCGACCACCUCAUCACAGAGGCACACACGGUGGUUUCGGAUGCCUUGGCAAAGUCUGUGGCUGAGAAGUUGUUUGUGGAGAUUCUGCAGCCCCAGCUCCUGCAUGUGUCUGAACAGAGCGUCCUGACCUCCACCGCCCUGCUCACGGCCAUGCUGCGCCAGCUCCGCUCCCCUGCCCUGCUGCGGGAGGCCGUGGCCUUCCUCCUGGGCACGGACCAGCAGCCUGCAGCCCCCGAGGACAGCCCUCACACCCUGGGCGGCCACCUCGUCAGGCACUGCGACCACCUCUCUGAUGAGAUCAGCAUCGCCACGCUGCGGCUGUUUGAGGAGCUGCUCCAGAAGCCCCACGAGCAGAUCGUCCACAGCCUGAUCCUGUGCCACCUCGAGGGCCGCCCUUACGUGGCCCGGGGCUCGCCCGAGCCCGAGAGCUACGAGGACACCCUAGAUCUGGAGGAAGACCCCUACUUCACGGAUGGCUUCCUUGACUCCGGCUUUCAACACUCCAUGAAGCCUCCCCCUGCCCCCGUCACCAACCCCGAUGGCAAAACAGCGGUGACCGAGAUUGUCAACAGUUUCCUCUGCCUCGUUCCUGAGGAAGCCAAGACCUCGGCUUUCCUGGAAGAGACCGGAUAUGACACAUACGUCCACGAUGCUUACGGACUGUUCCAGGAGUGCAGCUCCCGAGUGGCGCCCUGGGGCUGGCCGCCGGCUCCCACACCCCUGGACCCCCAUGAGCCCGAACGGCCUUUCUUUGAGGGUCACUUCCUCCGAAUGCUGUUUGACCGCAUGUCCCGGAUUUUAGAACAGCCGUACAGCCUGAACCUGCAAGUGACCUCAGUCUUGUCCCGGCUCGCCCUCUUCCCCCACCCCCUCAUCCACGAGUACCUCCUGGAUCCCUACAUCAACCUGGCCCCUGGCUGCCGGAGCCUGUUCUCUGUGCUCGUCAGGGUGAUCGGGGACUUGAUGCAGAGAAUUCAGAGGGUGCCCCAGUUCCCAGGCAAACUGCUUCUGGUGCGCAGGCAGCUGAUGGGCCAGGUGCCCGGGGAGCAGCUGGACCACCAGACCCUCCUCCAGGGCGUGGUAGUCCUUGAGGAAUUCUGCAAAGAGCUGGCUGCCAUCGCUUUCGUCAAGUUCCCCCCACAUGGUCCUCACCUGCGCCUCUCCGAACCCUCGGAAGGGCACGUCUGAACCAGGAACGUGACACCUCUGCCCAAGAGCUGCCUCCCGCCUGGCACUGCUGCCACCACUGUCCUCCCGGGGUGGGGGCUUGGCUCCGUCUCCUUCACAUCCCGG